CAAGUUUAAAAGAAAAAAUGAAAAAAAAAAAAACUGCUAAAAUUCCCAAACAGUCCCUAUACUAUACUUCAAAUCUCCAAAUCUAGAAAGCUAGAAAAGAAAAGAAAAAAAAGACCAAAAUAUUUUUGCCAACUAAUUUUCAAUUUUUUUUUUUUGUGAUUUCUAAGGUUUAGGGGUUAGCAAUGGCGAAGAUGGAGAAAUCUGUAUUAGCAAAAGAUAAUAUGUUCGAAUUCGAAGAAGAAAAUAUAGUCAACGAAAGAGAGAACAGCCAACAGUCAGCUGAAGAAACAAUCUUACUUGUUCAGAAAAAGCUGCAUCAACUGGAGUUCGAGAAUGUUGAUAAAAAGCAAAACUGCAAUAUUGAAAAUUUACACGUUAUAGGAGUUGAUCUUUUGUCAAAGAUUCAGAAUCUUGAUAAUGGAUUUGCUCGUGCCUUUACAGAAUCCAGGAUUUCUGAAUUGCCUGUUGGCAACAUUGAAAUGUCCAAACUAUUUGCUGAGUUGAUUGAACGGAUUCAACUUUGUUUAGCCGAGUUAAAGCAACUGUCUACUCUUUCUUCAUGUGCAAAUCCUAGAGGAACUUGUGCAUAUGAUGAUUUGGAAAUUUUGAAAAGUUCUGAUUUGAUUAGUCAAAAGCAACAGUUAAGUUCUCCUAAUCAAGAAGAUAGUCAUCUGGUAAAGGAAUUGUCAACAAAAUUAUUCGAGAUAGAGAAGCUUAAAUCUGACAAUUUGCACAAGGAAAAUGAACUUGAGGCUUUAAGGCAUCGCCAAAAAGAGUUAGAAACUCAGAUUUGUUCUGUUGAGAAGGAGAAAAGCCAGUUGGAGGAAAAUAUGGAAAUCAUGCGGAGAGAAGUUGUUGUUACAGCUAAAUUCUUGGAUGAUUUACGAAGUGAAAUGAUGGAACUUAAUAGCAAUAGGGAUUGCCAAAUUUCUGCCAACAAAAUUCUCGCAAAGAAAUAUUCAGAACUUGAAAAUGGGAAGCAGGAAGUGGAAGUUUAUUUAUCUGAAGUAGAAGAAGAAAACUUACUUUUAUCAGAACGGUUAUGUGGUUUAGAAGAAAACUUAAUCUAUCUAACUGAUGAGAGAGAGUCAUGUUAUAUGGAUCUACAAAACUCAGAGUCUGAACUGAUGAAUUCCAAAGAUGAGAUAAUAAGAAGGUUGGAAGAUGAAAUGGAGGUACAAAAAGUUGUUAUGAGACAAAAGAUGGAAGAGAUGCAUAGGCAAUGGCUAGAAGUUCAAGAGGAGUGUGAGUAUCUAAAAAUUGAAAAUUUCAAACUGAUUGAAGAGUGUAGUAUGCUUCAGAAAGCAAAUGGACAACUAAGGAUGCAAAAGAUGGAGUUAAAUGAGCACUGUAUAGUCUUGGAAGCAGAUUUGGAAGAAUCAGGAAAAGUUUUUUCUAAUAUGCUUAACAAGGUUGAUAACCUCCAAAGAGAGAACCAACUGUUGGAAGAGGAAAUUUUGGCUCAAUUGCAGAAAAAAGCACUCCUGCAGGAUGCAAUUUUAGCUCUUAAAGAAACAAUUAGUGAAAUCAAGUUUGAAAAUGAAAUGCUGGAAGCUUCUUUUGUGAUGCUAUCAAGAGACUAUGAAGAACUUGAGGCCGAAUUAUCGUUAUCUGUUCAGAAAUUCUUUAAUAGUUGCUGCUGUGGGAAAGUUGCCCUUGAAGAUGCCUUGGGAACUCAGGAGGCUUUGCUGAAAAGUGAUCUGGCAGACAUACAGGCUAAUAACCAGCAAAACUGCAAUACUGAAUGUCCUCAUUUUAUAGGAGUUGAGUUUGCGGAAGCUUUAGAGGCAAAUGACAUGUACAAGGCCCAGCUUACAAGUUUGUUGUCAAAGGAAGUAAGCAUUCAUUUAGAUGUUCCCGAGAAGUUAACAGGUGAAGGAGCUGCAGCAAAAGACAGAUGUGAAUGCAAGGUAUCAACGCUUGAGAUAGAGAUGAGUGGAAGGUAUCAAAUAUGCUGAGGUAGAAGCUGAUUGAGAGCGACUUAUGGUGGAGCUCAAGGUGUUAAAAUUAUAGAAAAAUUAUAGAAGAAGCCGGCUUUCAGAAUCUCAGGUAACUUAGGUUAUAUCAGUCAUCGAUGCUGCCCCAACACUAAAAACCUUUUUUUCACGUUUUUUUUCCAAUUGUUUUAUACAUCUUCUGUUAAGCAAAACAGUGACAUAUUUAUCAUUCUUCCUACUUGGGGGGCAUGCCGGCCUGUGCAAAAAUUGUAGAUUUUUCUGGUUAAGGGCUAAUUGUAACAUUGCUACCUUUAUACUAAAUGUAUACUAAUGUUUCCUGUGGGUAGUUUACCAGUAAAUUAAAAUAGUAAGCCAUGAUGUUACAGAUUGAGUAGUCAUUGUGAACUUGCUCUACAUUCAUCCUUCCUAACCUUAUUGUGUAUUCUGAACUUAGAAUUGCUGCAUAAGCUUUAUGAUCACUUUGGAUUAUUGGAAGUGAGGAAGUUAGAUCCUUAAUGCAUUCUCAGUUUUUAUGAAAUUUUAUAUCUCAAGUUGCCUUUCAAGCUUUUAUGAUCACUUUUAAGUGGAAGGGUUUUUGCACUUUGCCUAGUACAUUAUCUUUUUCGGAGAGGUCCAAGCAUGUUUAUUUAUUUUGGGUUUAGUGAAUUCAUGAAAAAUUACUUUCAGCCU